AUGGCCUCCAUUGAGCCCCGUCCCCGUAUUGAAACAGGCCGCGAGCCCGACCUCCUCACCUACAUCUGGGCUCUCCCCAACUUCCACGAACUCGCAAACAAUCCCUCCAAAGUACUAGAUGCAAUUGACAAGUUCAACACCGAAGAGAAUCGCCUCAUCAAUGUUGGUCCAAAGAAGGGGGCUGUCAUUGACAAGGUAAUUGAAGAAAGAAGACCAUCUACCAUGAUCGAAAUGGGUGGGUAUGUGGGUUACUCUGCCAUCAAAUUCGGCGACACACUUCGUCGGGCAGGAGGCAAGAAAUACUAUUCGCUAGAAAUCAACCCUAUCAAUGCGUCUGUCGCGAAGAUGCUUAUCGAGCUUGCUGGGCUGCAGGAUAUCGUUACUGUGAUCGUGGCGCCUAGUCACGAAGCACUUGCACAGCUUGUCCAAGAGGGUGCUAUUGAGAAGAUUGAGCUUUUAUUCUUUGAUCAUUGGGAAGAUCGGUACCGGUAUGAUCUGUGGUUUGUUGAGAGACUGGGUCUACUGAAUAGGGCGUCUUUGCUUGUUGCGGAUAAUAUUUCGCCUGAAGCUGGACGGGGAGUUGAUUAUGUUGAUUGGCUCAAGGCUACUGCUGCCGCAAAAGAGGAGAUCUUGAAGGCACAUGAGCUCUCGGAUGACUUCGAGUCGUUGAAUUUGGCUAUGCUGAUCAAGGAGAAGGGGGUCAAGGGUAUGGGCGUUGAUUUGGGGAAUGUGGAGGGCGUUCCGACUUACAUUUAUGAGACGAAGAUUCACCCGUUUGAGGGUCAUAGUGGACGGAUGGAUGGUGUCGCGAUUACAAAGGUGCUUAGCAACUAG